CUAGUAAACGUCGGCUUGGUUACCAAUGUCCAUUGAGUAUCAUAGUUACACAGACUAUUGAUCAUACAUUCCAUUUAAAAAUCAAAACAAGUUGCAGAGCUCGGCUUUUGCUUGAUUCUUGUUAAUUGACAUAAUCGUGAAAUGUUAUCGCGCAGAGAUAAACUACUGAUCCAACCGUGGGAGGAUCGCAGAUUCAAAGAUCAUCGUUCAAAAGUAAGAUCUGCGUUACCAGCGAUUGACGACAGAGCUCCUGCAGCCAGGCCGCACGUGGUACUCAAAUUAAAGAAGAGCCAACGUGAACUUGACAGGAAAAAUAAGAUACAGAGCGAGAACUUCAGCCUUUUACAGCGAUUGAACGAUAUUAUGAAAGUUAACAGACUCGACAACCAUUGGACAAAACCACUGCCCAAUUUUCAGCAAAAGGUGGGAUUGUUUUACGACGCGGAAUCGUUGCAUAGUAAAGUAACAGCGCGCUCCUUGCCCGAACCAUCAGAGGAGAGUUAUUCCAACGUCAAGUGCUACGCGUGCGAGAUGAGGAAAAAACAGUACGACUACGUGUAUAAGCAGAUUCAUCGAGACUCCUUGCCUUCUAUUUAUUCAAACUAAUAUUAAUAUUGUAAUUUGUUUUUACAAUAAAACAAUUAUUAUAUUGGACAGAAUUUAUUGGUAUAUAGAUACAAUACAAAUGGUCUGAUUUCAACAUAAUUUGAUACGGGGCGCGGCUGACCCGGUCCCGAUUCCAGAAACUGCAAUUAUUAUUGUGUUUUAAGUUAAAAUCGAAACAUAAAUACUAUGUUAUAUCAAAAGCAUCAAUUAAAUCGGUAAGCAGAUUACACUAAACGCAUACGUCGCGUACGCGGCACUUUAACAUUAAAGCUAUCCACUUCGUGUCCAUCGUCCAUAACUCGGUACAAUACGAAAUCGAAAAACAAAGAUGAAAACUCAUACAUCACAAUAGAACUGUAUCACAAGGAAGCCGCAGCACCGACGUCACGAGUGAGGGUGCGCGACCUCACCUACUGUACAACGAACCGCGAGGCAGGGCCCGCGGUCGGGGCCCCAGUGACAAGGGUCGCGCCCGGGGAGACGGCCGCGGCCAGAGUGGCAGGGGCCGCGGCCGGACUGCUGCGGCCGCCACUAGAAGCGGAAGCCCUCGUGCGGGCCGGCGGCCGCCGCGUCGAAGUGGAAACCUGAUUCCGCCGCCGCCGGGACCAACGUCGCGUCUUCCUCCUGCAACAAAAUUCGGUUUACACCACACUCCUCUAAUCUAGGAAAUUAUUACAUUGCUGUACGAACUGGAUUUAUUUACGCACCUCUCCGGUGAAGUAUUGUUCAAUGAUAUCGUAGGCCAUUUUGUAGAUUUCCACUUUCUCGUGGCUUUGCAGAGCCUCAAUCUUGUCGAUGCCACCGCAUUCUUCAAUCAUGUUAGCAACUUGGUCAGCGUUCUCUCCCGCCAUCUUCAGCAUGUUGCUUAAACCAUCUAGCACAACCU